AUGCGCCAAGUGAAUCUGCUGCUCGUUCUGCUGACCGUCCUAGCGGCGCUACUGACCGUGAGCCAGGCUGCCACCUACCACCUCGUUGGCCAGUGGAUGCCUGCGACGCGGAACACGGCGACCGAGAGGCUGCUGACGGAGGCGCUGCAGAAGCAGAAGCAGAACCAGUCGCUCAAGUCGCGCCUGUGCUUCACGGAGGUGACGGGCAUCGAGCAGCAGAUCGUCAACGGCAUCCACUUCCGCUACCACGUGCGCGGCUGUGAGACCGCCACGCCCGGCCGCUGCAACAGCGGCGCCUGCGCCAACGCCAAGAAGUUCGACGUCGAGCUCUUCACGCAGCCAUGGGCCGACAUCACGCAGGUCAUGUCGGCGGUGAACGUGCAGUAG